CCCCCGUGGGCCUGGCCUUCUUUGGCUGUGACUGUGAGACGAGACGCGGCGAUGGGAACGCGUUUGCUGCGGCCGCUGAGCGAGGCGCAGCUGAAGCGGUUGGAGGACCACCGGUACCGCGCGGCCGGCCGCUCGCUGUUCGAGCCGGCGCUGCAGCUCUACUGGUGCUGGCUGCUGAACCUGGUGCCCGCCUGGCUGGCGCCCAACGCCAUCACCCUGCUUGGCCUCGCCACCAACCUGCUCAGCACCCUGUUGCUCGUCUACCACUGCCCCGGCGGCACCGAGCAGGCACCGGGGUAUGUAUAUAUGCUGUGCGGUCUCGGAUUAUUUAUUUACCAGUCGUUGGAUGCCCUUGAUGGGAAGCAGGCUCGAAGGACCAACACUUGCUCUCCACUUGGGGAACUGUUUGACCAUGGUUGUGAUUCUUUUUCUACAGUUGUGGUCGGUUUGGGAACCUGCCUGGCCACUCGCUUGGGAACCGAUUCUGACCUGAUGUUCUUCUCCUGCUUUAUCGGGCUGUUCCUCUUCUACUGCGCCCACUGGCAAACGUAUGUCUCAGGCUCCCUGCGGUUUGCAAAAGUUGAUGUAACUGAAGUUCAAAUCUGCAUAAUGCUCAUCUUUUUCUUGUCUGCCAUUGGAGGAGCAACACUGUGGGACAACGUGAUUCCAGUAUUAGGAAUACGGAUGAAAAUACUUCCAGUGUUUGGGAUAAUCGCUGGCGCGAUCUAUUCAUGUAUCAAUUACUUCCAAGUCAUCUUUACUGGCGGCAUGGGGAAAAAUGGCUCCACAAUAGCGGGAACCAGCGUUCUCUCACCAGCCUUGCACAUCGGGCUUGUUAUAGUAAUGGCCACAAUGAUCUACAAGAAAUCCACUACACAUUUGUUUGAGGAACACCCUUGUCUCUAUGUCCUGGCAUUCGGAUGCGUGGCUUCAAAAGUCACAAACAAAUUGGUGGUGGCACACAUAACCAAAAGCAAGAUGAAGCUACAAGACACGGCAUUCAUCGGACCUGCACUGCUCUUCUUCAAUCAGUACUUCAAUAGCUUUAUUAAUGAGUAUUAUGUACUGUGGGUAGCAAUGAUCCUGUCUCUGUGCGACCUGCUGCUUUACUGCACGACCGUCUGCAUUCAGAUUGCGGCACACCUGCGCAUUGAGGUCCUCCGCAUCCCCCUGCAAGCAGCAGAGCAGAAGCAGAGCCACAACGAGUGACAAUUUGUCCAGCAGGAGGAGGGAGGAGCGGCGAGGGACCACCAGAACAAUGCCACCACGACCAAACACUAACCCCACACCUCCUCGUUAAUCAUGUGUAAUUACAAUUUAAAUGAUCUCAAUGUUUUGAUAAUGAAUGGGAAGGAACCGCCUAACCUCCUUGCCCAUACCUCGGUGCCAAAAGAGUGCGUGAAUACAUUUGCCCUUGUAACAGCAACCCUGCAAUGAAUGCUCGUGUUGGUACUCCAGCCCCCCACCUAGGCAACCUCCACACAACAAAGAAAGAUCAGAUCUGAAACACGAGUCUGAAGAAAGGUCCUGACCCGAAACGUCACCCAUCCUUUUUCUCCCUCUCCAGAGAUGCUGCCUACCUGAGUUACUCCAGCACCAUGUUUAUCCUUGGUAUAAACCUUCAGUUCCUUCCUACACAUAGAGGAGGCCCUUCGGCCCACAAUGUCCGUGCCUUACAUGGUACCUUUAUUGACAAUGCGAAGAAAUUAGCAAUUGCAUUUCCCAAAAUUUGACGUCAAAUUGUGUCAAAUGAAAGUUGAUUUGAGGCCAAAUUGCAUCCCCUGCAAAUGCCUUAAAUCCUCCGAGUGUUUGGAGUUGCAUGAUGCAGAGGCACAGGAUAUUUGGAGUGAGAGGCUCGGUGUUAGCGGUGAGCUGGGCUGAGGUAUAACUCGAGGUAGAGUGAACCUCGCGUGGGGAGGAGAGGGGAGUAAUCGAAUCUGACUUUCACCCAGGUUGCUCUCCAGCUAUUCCCUGUAGAAUGCAAGUAACUAGUUGAUCCAUCAAGAACGUGCAGUCAAACAGGUCUGCUGUCUUGUGGAGGACGGGUGAUCCGAGCUGCCCUGUGCGUCACAGAAACGAUUGUGUUUGCACACAACCAACCGAAGUGUAACAUUGCGUUUGGAAUGGGAAAUCUCCUCGUCCUGUUGGGCAAAUGUCUUUGUCUGAAUCACUGUAAAACACUACUGCAUGCUCUUGCUCGCAUUUUAUUUUUGUUCUGCAAGACUACUUCAAAAAAUCUGUCUCAAUGUGGGUAGAAUAUUCCAGUGGUUUCUGAGUUCUUUAGUUCUAAGAUGCAGCAUGGAAUCAGCCCCUUUAGCCGUUUCAUGAAAAUUAAAAAAUGAACGCGUUAAAAAUUAAGCAUUUUUAAAAUCUACACAAAAAUAAUGGUGGCACAGUGGUGCAACUGCUGCCUCACAGCACCAGACACCUGGUUCAGUCCUGACCUUGGGUGCUCUCUGUGUGGAGUUUGCACGUUCUCCCUGCGAUUGUUGGGGGUAUCCUCUGGUUGUUCAGAUUUCCACCCACACUCCAAAGAUGUGUGGGUUUGUAGGUAAAUUGCACCCAGUGUGCAGGGAGUGGGUGAGAAAGUGGGCUAACGUCGAACUAGUGAAAUGGUCAAUGUGGAUUCAAGGGCCCUGUUUCCAUGUUGCAUCACUAAACUAAAACAUUUUCAUACUGAGUUUCUAUGACAGAAGGUUCUAAAUUUUGUCAGAAGUUGUUGUCGAAAGUAAUUUCCUAACUUUGAUCUUUGCUGGUGUCUGAGGGGAAAUAAUGAUGUUGAUGCUCAUAGCCUUCGAUACCACAGUCCACGGGACUCAGUUUCUGUACAUCCAGUAACUAAGUCUCUGCUGCUGCUGUGACCGUCUCUAUGCUGCUUCUGUUCUCUAAGGGCUUGGCCGCCUAACUUAAUUAAUAACAACGGUUUUUUAACUUACAUUUUUUUUGUAGUAAAUUAUGGAAUUGCAAAUUAAUUGAAGAGCAUAAGAAUCAAUAUUCCAAAAAUUUGGAAAUGUGUUUGUAACUUUUGAAAGGCAUUGGUCUGCAAUACCGUCACAUGCAAAACUCUGCUUGUUGCUCUGCCGUUCAAUAUAUGAUAGCGUGCGGGAACCAGGGAGCUGCCAGUUUUAUUCUGAUCUACGGGGACAACCUGGAGUUGGGCACACAGGCUUCAGAGUCUGAGGCGUGCAUGGUGGAUCCAUGUGUGGGUCGGUGGUGAAGGCAAACCAUUCAACAUGAUAAAUUUCCAAAGGUUGACCACACUCUGUAAUCACCUCCACUGCCCAGGCCAGUCAUCACCAGCACCUUGUCAAGGGGCAGACAGCAUCAGUGGAAGGAAUGGAUACACCUGAUCUGGCAUCCUUUUGUCUCCUUUCCACCUCCAACCGUUCUCACUUACCCUACCCAUCUGCCAAUCACCCCCCUCACAUGUAUCCAUCUAUCACUUGCCAGGCUUUGUCCACCCCCACCUCAUUGGGUUGACUGGAAUCAUGCAUAGUCUUUCUGCUGACUGAUUAGCACGCAACAAGAGAUUUUCACUCUACCUCGGUACACGUGACAAACUAAACUCAAACUUUUUCAGUCCCAUCCCAAAACGUCAUCUGUCUAUUCCUUCCACAGAUACUGAUUAACCCGCAGAGUUCCUCCAGCACUUUGUGUUUUGCUCAAGGCCCCAGCAUCUACAGUUCCUUGUGUCUCCACCUCUUGUCAAGGGAAUUAGGGAUUAAAUACUAACAGGCGUGAAAUUUACUCUAAGAUGUCGAAAACUACCAAGUGAAUUAUGUGUUAUCUGGGAUCAAGAUGCUGUUUCUAAAUAUUAGCUAAGAUAGUUUUGGUUCAUGGUGUAUACUGUGUUUAGUGCAGGCUACAUAGAGGAAUUAUGGGUUUACAGUCCAGUAAAUGUUGAUCUUCAUGUAUAACUGAAUUAUAAAACGUGCAGUUUCUCAGGUUGUGAUAUUUAUAAACUGGCUGGGAGAAAUGAUUUAGUUCAGCAAUCGCCAAAUCUUGUAUUUACUUUGUACCUUUCCAUUAAACUAAAAAUCAAACGUG